UUGAGAAAACACUUAAAAAUCUGAGUACGCAAUCAAAAACCCUCAAAUUUUAAAAUUUGGAAAACAAAACUGAAAAAAAAAACAAACAAAGUAUUUGAAAUUCAGGCAAUGCAAUGAACAUGCAUAAAUAAAGUGCUAGGUAGAUAAUUAAGUGAACACUCAUUUCGUACCUACCUUUGCCUUGUCCACACUGAACCUUUAGUUAAAUGAAUGUAAAUAUUAAUUCUGAUGAUGAAAAUGAUGAUGAUGCGGCCAAGGCCAACCACGACCCAACUAGCAUCUCAAAACGACCAAAAUUAUCCAUGAAAUAUGAGAAUUUUUUUGAAAUCAUAAAAUUCUAUCCAUGUUUGUUUAAUAAAAGUCAAACACCAAAAAACAAAAUAAUCAAACAAAAUGCCUUGAAGGCAAUACAGGAAAGAAUUGAAAAUAUUUAUGGAAUUACUUUAAGUGGUUCGCAAAUAAGAAAGAAACUUGAAAAUAUGAAGAUGCGAGCCAAAACGAAAAGAGAUAAAAUUGAAAUGGGUGAUUUGGAAACUAGAUUCAAAUAUUUCGAAAAGGAUUUACUUAAGCUUAUGGAUUAUAAAAAAUACACUUCAUCGGUAGGGGCGGCAGCAGACGACAAGACGACGGUACUGCUGGGUUUAACAGAUCCCGAACAAUGUGAUAUAUCUGCAGAUUCUAGCAAAUAUUUUAAAUUUGAAGCCGAGGAUGAGAUGUCGCAAGACGUUGCAACCGAACAACGUGAAGAAACAUCAAAACUAUCCCAGCCACAUCUACAACAAUUAAUCGAUAUUCAUCCAGGAAUUGAAAUAAAAUCGGAAACAAAUGAAAGUCACCAUUUUCAGCAAAUUGUCGAUGAUGAAUUAAAUUCCAACAAAGAUACAGAUAGCUAUUUUAGUUCUGAAGAAGAAGUAGAUCUGAACUUUCAAAAAAUCGGCCUAGAAGAUGAAAAGACAACAACCACAACAGCAAAACUAACAAAAAUUAGUAUAAAAGAAAGUGAUUUUUUUGAUAUUAUCAAACAAUAUGGUUGUUUAUUUGAAAAAAGUCAAGCACCACACAUAAAAAUAAUUAAACAGGAUGCUCUAGAAGAUAUUAAGGAUAAACUGAAAUCAAUUCAUGGAUUAAUUAUGAAUGAUUCACAAAUUAGGAAAAAAAUCAACAAUAUGAAAGGACGUAUUAAAGCGAAGUUAUAUAAAUCAAUUAAAAGUAAUUCACUUAAAUAUAAGUUGAAGGCUCACGAAAGACAGUUGCUUGAUUUGAUGGAGCAUAGGAAAGUUCAAGAUAAAGAUGUAUACAGAGAACCGAUUACAAGUGAAGAUUCAAAUGAAGAAAUGUUUGAGGAAGAACAAGAAACAUGUCCAAAAUAUUUCAGUUCUAAUCCAAGGACGAGUAAGAACUUGGAGUUUAAUAAGUCAGUAUUUGCAAUGCAAAAAGAAGUUUUAAUUGACCAAAAAGCAUUGAAUCGACAACAAAAUGAACUUAAUUGUUUACAAAAAGAAAUUUUAACUUUGAAGAAAAAAAAACUGCUCCUAGAAAUCGAUUUACUUAAGAAAAAACAUUUAUAAUAGCAAAUUAUAAUAAAUUAAAUAAAAAUUCACUUGUACCUUUUGAAAUAAA